GGGACUGAGGGAGGAGAAAGGACCCGAGUGUGCGUGUAUGUGGUGGGAGGAUGGAGGUUGGCGCGCUCGCGUUUGGAGACUGGGGUCUCUACGCGUGAGGAAAGGGGUCGCUCCUCCCUAGGGGGUGUUUUAGGCAUAAAGAGGGGGCGGAUGCCUGGAGGAAAGUGCGCUUUCUUGGCGUGUGGGUAGAAGAGGAAUCAAGUGGAGGUGUCUGGAUGGAGGACAGGGGGCCUCAGCAAUGUGCGGGGGUCGAGGUUCCUGAGUUUCGGGAGGGAAGCUGCGUGUGUGCGGGGUGUAGGGGGGGCGGGGGCGGGGGCGGGGAUUCGGCGCGUGUAUGUAAAGGUGCAGCCCGUGUGCGAGGGGCUGGGUGCACGCGCGGUGUCUGGCCGGGUGCGCGCGCGCGCGCCGCUGCCCGCCUGCUUGCCUGCGAGGACUGCUUGGUGGGUUUGACGGGCGAGCCGGCGCGGAGCAGCUCUAUCCCGGAUCACGUAGAGACCAUCGUGGAAACUGCAGAGCGGAUCGCGGCGCGGCGGCCCCUGCGAGAGCUGCUGGGCUCCGGAGAUUAUUUCUCUUUAUUCAGAAGCAUAAAGUUGUUUGCUGAUUGCAAGAAGAUGUUUCUUUGGCUCUUUCUGAUUUUGUCAGCCCUGAUUUCUUCGACAAAUGCAGAUUCUGACAUAUCAGUGGAAAUUUGCAAUGUGUGCUCCUGCGUGUCAGUCGAGAAUGUGCUCUAUGUCAACUGUGAGAAGGUUUCGGUCUACAGACCAAAUCAGCUGAAACCACCGUGGUCUAAUUUUUAUCACCUCAAUUUCCAAAACAAUUUUUUAAAUAUCCUCUAUCCAAAUACAUUCUUGAAUUUUUCACACGCAGUAUCCCUGCAGCUGGGAAAUAAUAAACUGCAGAACAUUGAGGGAGGAGCCUUUCUUGGGCUCAGUGCAUUAAAGCAGUUGCACUUGAACAACAAUGAAUUAAAGAUUCUCCGAGCUGACACUUUCCUUGGCAUAGAGAACUUGGAGUAUCUCCAGGCUGACUACAAUUUAAUCAAGUAUAUUGAACGAGGAGCCUUCAAUAAGCUCCACAAACUGAAAGUUCUCAUUCUUAAUGACAAUCUGAUUUCAUUCCUUCCUGAUAAUAUUUUCCGAUUCGCAUCUCUGACCCAUCUGGAUAUACGAGGGAACAGAAUCCAGAAGCUCCCCUAUAUCGGAGUUCUGGAACACAUAGGCCGUGUUGUUGAACUGCAACUGGAAGAUAACCCUUGGAACUGUAGCUGUGAUUUGUUGCCUUUAAAAGCUUGGCUGGAGAAUAUGCCAUAUAACAUUUACAUAGGAGAGGCUAUCUGCGAAACUCCCAGUGACUUAUACGGAAGGCUUUUAAAAGAAACCAACAAACAAGAAUUAUGCCCCAUGGGCACAGGCAGUGAUUUUGAUGUACGAAUCCUGCCUCCAUCGCAGCUGGAGAAUGGCUUCACAACUCCCAAUGGUCACACGACCCAAACAUCCUUACACAGAUUAGUGACCAAACCACCGAAAACCACAAAUCCUUCCAAGAUCUCUGGAAUCGUGGCAGGCAAAUCCCUCUCCAACCGCAAUCUCAGUCAGAUUGUGUCUUACCAAACAAGGGUGCCUCCUCUGACACCUUGCCCAGCACCCUGCUUUUGCAAAACAUACCCUUCGGAUCUGGGACUGAGUGUCAACUGCCAAGAGAAAAAUAUACAGUCCAUGUCUGAACUGGUACCGAAGCCUUUAAAUGCCAAGAAGUUGCAUGUCAAUGGCAAUAGCAUCAAAGACGUGGACAUCGCUGACUUCGCCGAGUUUGAAGGACUGGAUUUGCUCCAUUUAGGCAGCAAUCAGAUUACAGUGAUCAAGGGAGAUGUAUUCCACAAUCUCACUAAUUUACGCAGGCUGUAUCUCAAUGGCAAUCAGAUUGAAAGACUCUAUCCUGAAAUAUUUUCAGGCCUUCAUAACCUGCAGUAUCUGUAUUUGGAGUACAAUUUGAUUAAGGAGAUCUUAGCAGGCACCUUUGACUCAAUGCCAAAUUUGCAGUUACUGUACUUAAACAACAAUCUCUUGAAGAGCCUGCCUGUUUACAUUUUUUCGGGAGCGCCCCUCGCCAGACUGAACCUGAGGAACAACAAGUUCAUGUACUUGCCUGUCAGCGGGGUCCUCGAUCAGCUGCAGUCUCUUACACAGAUUGACUUGGAGGGCAACCCUUGGGACUGCACCUGUGACUUGGUGGCGUUAAAGCUGUGGCUGGAGAAGUUGAAUGACGGGAUUGUCAUGAAAGAACUGAAAUGUGAGACACCUGUGCAGUUUGCCAACAUCGAACUGAAGUCCCUCAAAAAUGAAAUCUUAUGUCCCAAGCUCUUAAACAAGCCAUCUGCGCCCUUAACGAGCCCUGCACCUGCCAUGACAUUCACCACCCCGCUGGGUCCCAUUCGAAGUCCUCCCGGUGGCCCGGUGCCUCUGUCUAUUUUAAUCCUCAGUAUCUUAGUGGUCCUCAUCCUAACUGUGUUCGUUGCCUUUUGUCUUCUUGUUUUUGUGCUGCGGCGAAACAAGAAACCCACGGUCAAGCACGAGGGCCUGGGGAAUCCUGAGUGUGGCUCCAUGCAGCUGCAGCUGAGGAAGCAUGACCACAAGACCAAUAAAAAAGACGGACUGGGCACCGAAGCUUUCAUCCCACAAACCAUAGAGCAGAUGAGCAAGAGCCACACCUGCGGUUUGAAAGAGUCCGAAACCGGCUUCAUGUUUUCAGAUCCUCCAGGACAGAAAGUCGUUAUGAGAAAUGUUGCCGACAAGGAGAAAGAUUUAUUACACGUGGAUAGCAGGAAGAGACUGAGCACAAUUGAUGAGCUGGAUGAAUUAUUCCCGAGCAGGGAUUCCAAUGUGUUUAUUCAGAAUUUUCUGGAAAACAAAAAGGAGUACAACAGCAUAGGCGUCAGUGGCUUUGAGAUCCGCUAUCCAGAAAAACAACAAGACAAAAAAAACAAGAAGUCACUGAUAGGCGGCAACCACAGUAAAAUUGUCGUGGAGCAGAGGAAGAGCAGCGAGUAUUUUGAACUGAAGGCAAAACUCCAGAGUUCCCCUGACUACCUACAGGUCCUUGAGGAGCAGACAGCUUUGAACAAGAUCUAGGUCAUGCAAUCUCACUUCAUACAGAGGACAUUUAUUUAAUGAUGAAAGUGCCUUUUGUUGACUUCUAACUUCCAAAUACUAUAUUAUCAAUAGGCAUAGAGGCAGGUGUUUCGGAGGCUGUCUCAUUAACUGUAGCUGCAAAGAUGUGUCCAGUAGAAGAGAAUUCCUUAUUAGAUUUUACUACAUAAAACCUAUACUGUGGAGUCCUGUGGGGAUACUGCAAACUCUGUUGCCAAAGGGAUGCUUUAUAUACAUAAUACACUGAAUUUAACCUCAAGAGGCAAAUCUGUUUUGUACCCCGAUGCAAAACCUUCGUCUCUUCGUGCUUUGUAAAGCCAACUGGAGAAAACUGGUACCGGUGUUUGUACCCAGCUGGGUCCUUCAGCUUGCACGCAGAUCAAGUCGGUGGAACUGGAAUAAAUCCUUUUGAUUUGUGGCAUUGUAACAACUCUGUGUAAAGAUUAUCUGAAAAGUUUAAAAAAAAAAGCAUGCAAAGAGAGAACAUUCGAUAGUAUUUGUAAAUCGGUAAACUUUAUGGCCUGCAUCUUGAAACCACUGGAUUUAUAAUGUUAAAUUGUACAAAUAUUUGUGUAAAAUAUAUCAUGCAUUACCUAACUAUAAAAUAAAUUUGAACACUUUAAGCAUUACCUGUCUAUACAUAAAACCUAAAAGAAAAACGUCAAUGUGAGUUACAUAGCAUUUGUGGUGAUCUGAAGAAAUACAUAAUGUUUAUCAGAAUUAAACAAGGCUCAAAUUAAACUAACAUUACAGUUUGUUCUCAGUUACGUGAAAUACCUGCAAUCCUUAAAGGUUGUCCGAAAUUAGCAAAGUGCUUACCGUGUGAGCGCACCCAAAGCUAUUUUUGUAACAUAAUUCAUAUUUAUGAAGUUCUUUGUAUACUAAAUAGGAAAAUAUGUACUCCUUAAUAUGUAUUUAAUAUGCCUGACUUGUUUUCCUGGUCACAGGGAAUUUAUCAAUAUGUAUCAAUUUAGACAGAAGAAAAUAUACCAAACCGAAACUGAAGCUUCUGUGUACAGAAAUAUUCUGGACAUUGUGAUCAGGUAUAAUUUAAAAACGAAACAAAACAAAAAAAACCACAAAAACACAAAAAAUACAAAAAAACAGUUCUGUGCUAUUCUUGAGAAUUCAGCAUAUUAUCUUCAGAUUUGUUACCAACUGUGCAUUUUAAAAUAAGUUCCUUAGUUUUAUAGUCUCGUGUCUGGGGCAGUUGUUAUUUGCCAUCAGUUGUCUUGCUUUUCAGGAUUCUAUGAGCUUAAUUCAAAUAGUUUUCACUACAAAUAUUUUUAAAAAAUUAAUGAGUAAGGUUAAUAGUUAUAUCCCGUAUGCAUCAGUAUCCUGUUCUGUCAUCAUUCCAGCUACUAUCAGAUAAUCCAGUAGAGCAGUGAACAUCAUGGUAAUCUCGGCUAUCAAAGCCGCACUGUAAAAUGUUUUCAUUGGUCUCAGUUGAGUUCACAGUCUGCAACUACAAAUGCUACGCCACUGUGUUUGCUUGUGCCGUUAAACUUCCAAGUCAAAAUUGGUCAAAGGAAGGACUCGAUAAUGGGAGCCAACAAAGAUUUUUAGGAGCUCCCAAUUAGCAGUGACAUCCUGAAACACAUUACCUUCUUGGCCUGCCUGCAUAUGUAUAUUUCUUUGUGCUCCAUCUCUUAUAAUUACUAUAUUAAUCAAUGAGAUGACCAAGAAGGUAAACAUAGACAUUCUUCAUGAACUUCAAGUGGCAGAUGUUUUGGCACAGCUUCCAAAAUGAUAUUAUGGCUAAAGUUGUAACAGUAGUCCCUUCAUUAGUACUAAUUUCAGGGCUUUAUAUGUUUGUUCCAGGAUUUAAAAAAAAAAUAAACAACUUGGCAUUCUUAGAGAGUGUGUGUGUAUGUGUGUGUGUGCCUGUGUGUGUGUAUUUGGGUGUAUAUGCAUACAUAUAGAUAAUUUGGAGAUUUUUUUUUAAAUAGCUGAAAAAAUUGUCUCCAUAUGUAUGUGCUGGUGCUCUUAAAACUUUAAUGUGUAGUUUUAAUUUUCAUGACAAUGUCUGUGAAAACUUUAUAUGAAUAUUUAAAAAAAUACAAAUACUUGCUUUCUGAUCUUGAAAGAAAAGACAUGAAGAUGUGUGCCCAACAGUGUGUUUUCAUCUACAAUUUCAUAAGGACUUUUAAUAUGCCAUUACCAUGCUUGCAUGCAUCCAUGGAUUAAAGGGCUCCUAAUGCAUACUGACAGGAUAAAGACGCAAAGGCUUCAAAGAAUGUGUUUUAGUUUAUCCUGUCAAUAAAGUAUGGAUUGAGGAAUCUUAAGUAGACACUUAUGGGAGGAACCAGAAAGCUGUAUCCAUGAUCUGGGGAUAAUAGGUCAUUGGGAUGAUGCCUUUCAUUCAGUGCAGUGAUGCUUUGAAGAGGUUUCGAGGUUUCUGCAGUUGUCCAUGGCAAGAGUACCUGCCACCAUCUCAAAGCUUGCUGUAGCAUAUUGGCUAUCUCAUACUCUUCUGCCGAAAGGUAUUAAAUGUUCAACUUUUUUAAAAAAGUAAUUUCAAUGUGUGUGGUUUUUUGGAAGUUUUAACUGUAAGUGAAUAACAGUAACAAAUCCUUGGUUAAGGCUGAUCUAUUUUCCUUAACUAAAGUCAUUGUGCCUACGUUAUACAGUGUAUACUGUUUUGCACCUGUCUCUCAUUAGUUCUAUUUGUACAUUUUAUGAUACGGUAGUUAGGCAUAAGUUUUGAGUUGAGUACAAGAGCAGUUAAGAUACUGUAUCUACAUUUUGUUGGCUUCAACUAUAACCUUGAUGUUAGUUUAACCCCUUGAGGAACGAUCUAUAUGUCAGUGCAGCAUCUUUGGUAGAUUUGAUUCAAAUCUAGAGAAUCCAAGAAGUGCUCACUUGUAAUGUGGUCUGACACAUCAUGGGCUUCUUGGCAUUGUAUCGCUUGCUUGGACUCUGUUAGAAUGGUUGUGAAGAAGAUUAGAUCGUAUGAAAUUAGUGAAGGGGUUGAGAUAAUAUAUUAUGUCCAUGUAAUAUAAAUCAAGUUUUAAAUUAUUUUUUUAUGAAAUCAAUAAAAAUUAUUCAAUUCUUUAAGAGUAAAUCUUUGUGUAAUUUUAUGAGAAAGCAGCUAUUAAAAUACAGUGAUUCAAGUGUAUAAGCAAUUUAUAUUCUAUAUUUAGUUUUCCAUUCUGAAAAAUAGACUAAAUAUAUUAAUUAGAAAACCAUUUAAGACCAGCUUUCUUUUGUUGCUUUUUUAAAGUAUUUUUGUUUCUUUAAGCCGUAGGAUGCAUAAAGUAUACAGGGCAUGGCCUCAUGGGUAACGUCAGCAGGUACUGCAGAAGUAACAGAACACACCUAGAAAUGUAUGGCAGUAAUAGUAAUCUAUAGUAUCUUUUGCAUGAUUUGUACUUUGACAUCAUAUGAAAUGAGCACAGUGAGGUUUUUGUUUUUGUUUUUGUUUUGUUUUUGUAGUUGUUGUUAUUGUUGUCGCAUCCAAAGAGCUGGGGAGAAAAUAUAUUAAGAAUGUAUUUAUAAUCACUAUUUUGAAAUAAAGUAAAGAAAACACAUUGUAUUGUUUUUACCCUGAUUUGGUUAUCAGUAUUUUAGGUUAGUUUAUAAGAUAAAAAUCCAGUCACGCUAUAAAAGCUAAUGUAAAUCACAGAAAGAAACUGUUUUAAUGACUUUUGUUUGCUUUUAAUAAUACCAAGGUAUUAGAGAGAAUUUAUUAAAUGCCAUUUUUAUGAAAGUAUUAAUAAAAUUGUUUGCUACAAUGGUAUUUCUGAAGCCACAGUUUGUUAAAUAUAUUUAUCUUUUCAUUAUCUUUCAGAAGAAAUAAAGCAGUAACCAAAUUGAUCUUUUCACCUAGAUUUGAGGGUAAGAUAUAGAGCUUUAGAAUACUGUUUGUAUUAAAUAUAAUUGCUAAAUCUCUGUUAAGAGAUGCUUUCUUUUCCGACAUCUUUGCAAUCUGUGUUCUUUUCCACUGGCAGCCCAUUCCCAUUAAUCAGUUGGGAUCUGACAUAACUGCAGAUAAGCAAAUAUUAAUAUUCAAUCUUAAAUAUUUAUUUAAAUGCUUCUGCACAUUGCCUUAUGGGAAGGGACAUAAAGAGAGAGUGAAACAGAGAGAGAAUGUAAUGGUGUUGUGGUUUUAGGUCUGUACCUAGCUAUGCUGAAGAAGUAAACAGUAUAGAUAGCACAUACAAGUGCUUUUGGACUAAAUGUUUUACAUAUCACAGGAUAUACAUCCCAUGAUUGUGUGACUUAGUUUAGUUCUUAGUGAGUACAGAGCAGAGGGCUUUGGGCCGCGGCCACUCAGUUAUGUAGACGAGUGUUAUCAAAUGAAGGUUUGGCUUCAUUUCCAGUGCUCAUUCAAUUAGUCACGAUGGUCAGAUGGGCUGAACUAAAAUAUCCUGUUUGUGGCUUCACUUACCGGGAAUAACUGGCAACAAAUAUCAAGUUCACCUGAUAAUUGUGAAUCCUCAAUUUUGGAUUUGCUGGUUAUCUGUCCUUUGUUAAAUUAAAAGCAAACAGGAGGCUAAAUGAAUUUUAAUAACUUAUUUUGGACAAAAUUGCCCUUAAUCUAGUGUUGAAUUUUGUUUUGUGUUAGUUUCCACUGGUUGAUAAGAUUGCAUUACAGAAGGGGAAAUCCAGGAAGGCAAACUGUGUUGUCCAUCUUACAUGAAAGAAUAGGACUUCUUAAAUUUUUUAAAGGUUACAUUUAGCCUGUUGUUCCUGUGUCUACAGAGGGGAAAUGAAGUGGGGCUGUGAGACACCUGCUUAAAUACGUCGAGCCAAAUAAUUGCUGUUGAGAAUAAAAAGAUUCCAAUUUUUCAUUAAAUCAUAAUAAUUACCAGAUCCAUGGACUACAGUAUCCAGAACCAGGAAAGAAUUGUUCAGCCCUUCACCUUAGUUUGCUUUUGUAGACACUGGCUAGAUAGAAGAUCUAGUGAUUUCAUCAAUAAUGUCAGAAAUGAGAAAUUACUUGUUUACCUUAAAAAGCUCAUGAAUAAGGUCUUCAGAGAAAUUAUAGGACUAUGUAAUGAAAGAAUACAAAGCAUCACUUCUACAUUUCUGAACGACGCAUCUCUCUUAGUCGGUACCUUACACAUACUAGAUCAUGUCCUGUGUUGCUGGUUACCAACCUGAGGAAGCCAUGUUGUGUAAUGGAUACUGCUCAUGGAAGUCUUUGAAAAUCAUAGUAAGCUCAGUUCUCCCAACAACGAAUUGCAAUGUAUAGUUUCAUUAUUGUUUCAUGUAAACUGAACCAUUGUGAUAAAAUUCUGGAGUUGAUAUUCAGUAAUUUUAAUGCUGUUUUCACUAAUAAAAGUCUUUUCU